ACAGACUGGUGAGCUGAAGGGGAAACUCUGAGAUCCCACUGCUGACACCAUGACCUCAGAAGCUGACAAGAUCUGCCCAGAGGGCAAAGACUUUGUUGAUGCCAUUGAGUAUUUAAUGGACCCAAAGGAUAAAGAGAAACUGCAUUGCCUGCUCAGUAAUGAAUCCUGGGAGAGAUUUGUGACUUCGGCCAAUGUGUCCAGGGGUGAGGCAGAUGCACUCUAUGCGGACUUGCACCAGCUGGAAGCACUCAUGGCCGAGGAGGACAAAGACAUGCCCUCAGCAGACCAGCUGCAUGGGGAGAGCUUUAUGAAGGAGUUUCCUCAGGUGAAACAGGACCUUGAGGAACGCAUAGGAAAGCUCUACGCACUGGCUGAUGAGGUUGACGAGGUGCACAGGGACUGCACCAUCACCCAAGUGGCGGCCUCUUCCGCGGGCGCUGUGUCUGGCAUCCUGACCAUUGUUGGCCUGUCUCUGGCACCUGUGACAGCAGGGGUUAGUCUGGUGCUUUCGGCAACUGGGAUCGGACUGGGGGCAGCAGCUGCUGUGACCGGUGUGACCGCCAGCAUCGUGGAAGCCUCAAAGAACGCGUCAACUAAAGCCGAAGCCAGCCGCCUAUUGUCAACCGGCAGUGACACAGAGAAGCUGGUUGGGGAGGUUCUAAGUCGCAGCGCACCCAAAAUUGUUUCCUUAGCAAGGAAGUGCAUCCAAUCCCUGCAAGUCAUUGUGAAGAAUGCCCGUGCCUUCAAGCUGGCCAAAUCCAAUCCUCGCUUAGCAGUCAAGGCCAUGCGUUUCUUGCGCAGGGGGGCAGUCUCAGCCGUAAGCGGCAAGCAGGUGCAGAAAGCUUUUGGAGGCACUGCUCUGGCCAUGAGCAAAGGAGCCAGGGUCUUUGGUGCAGCCACGGCAGGUAUAUUCCUUCUCAUGGAUGUAGUGGAUCUAGUGAAAGAGUCAAUUCACUUACACAAGGGCGCAAAGGCUCAAUCAGCUGAAGAGUUGAGGCAGCAGGCCCAGGAGCUGGAGAGGAGGUUGGAAGAACUCACCCGCAUUCACACAAGUCUACAGGAGGACCUGACUCCGUGAUCCCAGACAGUGCAGGGAGCAGGGUGUG